ACGUUCAUAGAGAUCGGCAGUCAGCUGGAGCUCGAGGAUUCACUCGCUUGUUUUUAUCUGUCGAGGAGUUUGGAGCGGACGUAAUUAUUCUGUUGCUGCGUUUGUGACACUUUCACGUCGUCACAGUAAAGCUUCCGGUACUUUUUAUUGUACAAAAAGGGAAAGCGACAAUGCAAUGUUGCCACCGCGCACCUUUUUAUAAACGAUAGGUGACGGUGGUUGUUGCUCCAUCCUUCCCAUCAGCCCGGCUCUCCCUCGCUUUCUCUGGCUGCUUCCUGUUUCUUCCCAUCGCCAAUUCCGAGAGAGCAGCCUAUUGCUCAGCACUGCUGCGUGGAGGGAGCGCCGUGUCGUGGAUGUCUGAGCUGACGGGGCUGCGUGCCUGUGUCCGCAGGGUGGGCCGAUGCUAGGAGCGGUGAGAACGUAGCGGUGUGGGUCGGUGAGGAGAUGUCAAAGCGGGGAUGCCUCUUCUUGGAGAGAGUGUUGUAGUGGAGGGUAUACACGCGUGUGCACAGUAUACCUACCGCUGUGACUCUGCAUAUAGACUCGUAUUGACACAUAUAUGGAUGGUGGGGUCGCAGUAUGCCAACCCCCUCAACUACCACCACAUCACUGGCUGGAGGGAGUAGCGGUAACACCGGAGGAGAAGCGGAGCUCAUGCCCGUCACCUCUACCUCUCCUGGCGGCUCCACUUUCCGGUUCAUCCCGGCAAUCUUCCUGGGCGUGGUGGCGGCAGUGGUGUUCCAGCUGGCCUGGGGAGGCCUGACACUCACCUCUUUCUUCUUGAAGCUCUUCAUCUAUGUGUCAUUCGCCCUGUUGUGUUUCCUGGCUGGAAGCUUUGUUCUGCUUGUCAGGAAGAGUCCUCUCAAAGUUUGCCGCUUCGACAGAAACACCAAGCAGUCAUCUGCAUGGCUGGAGUUCUUCGACAAGCUAAUGGCUCGUUUCUCUGUUCGAGUUCAGGAGUCAGGCCAGAGCAGGAGGGUGGUGGUGUCACACAAUGUGGACAAAACUCUGAAGGAAGUGUUUGACUACGCCUACAGAGACUACAUCCUGUCAUGGUACAGCCCUUUGAGUCAUGAUGAGGGCCAGUUGUACUCCAUGCUGUCAGAGGACUGGUGGCAGAUGAUCAGCCAGUUGAGAUCAAGGCUUGCUGACAUAGACCUUGUCAAUGUGGUGUGUUAUGACAGCAUCCGCAUCCUGCAUACACACUUCACUGACCUUAAGGCUGCAUCUGCAAGACCAGAGGAAUGUGCUCGGCCAUUUCCUCUCCAUCCAUGUUUGGUCAGUCCUGACUCGGAGCUGGCCUUCCUCCGCUGUGUAGCCAGAAUAAUGCUGCUCUGUCUCCUGCCACAAAAGGAUGCCAAGUCACAUACACUACGCUGCUGCCUCACAGAAGUCAUCACUACAAAAGUGUUGAAGCCUUUGGUAGACAUCCUCAGUGAUCCAGACUCCAUAAACAGGAUGCUGUUGUCUCAGCUGGAGCAGAGGGAGCAGCAGGCUGAGCAGCAGAAGAAAGCUUACACCUACGCUGCCUCCUAUGAAGAUUUCAUCAAACUGAUAUCAACUUCUGCUGAUGUCAAUUUUCUCAAACAACUCAGGUAUCAGAUAGUGGUAGAGAUUAUUCAUGCCACCACCAUCAGCAGCUUGCCUCAACUCAAAAAGCAGAAAGAUCGAAAAGGUAAAGAGCUGGCAGCCAUGAAGGCAGACCUGCUGAGGGCCAGAGAUAUGAAAAGAUAUAUCAACCAGCUAACUGUAGCCAAGAAACAAUGUGAGAAGCGAAUCCGCCUCCUCGGUGGACCAAACUAUGAAAACAGUGAGGAGGGAGGGGGUGAUGACAGCGAUGGGCCUCAAAGUCAGAAGAUCCUUCAGUUUGAUGACAUCUUGUCUAAUCCAGGUUACAGGGAACAUUUCAGAGUUUACAUGGAGAGAGUUGACAAAAGAGCUCUAAUUAGCUUCUGGGAAUUGGUGGAAACACUGAAAACUGCAAACAAGAACGAGGUGCCCCAAAUUGUUGGGGAAAUCUAUCAGAAGUUCUUUGUGGAGAGCAAAGAGAUUCCAGUGGAAAAGCUUCUUCUCAAGGAGAUUCAACAGAGCUUAGUGGGGAACAGAGGAACACAAGUGUUUGUUCGACUACAGGAACAGGUUACUGAGACGAUGAGAGAGCGUUAUUACCCCUCCUUCCUGGUUUCUGACCUCUACGAAAGGCUGAUCAGACGAGAGGAGCAGCACAGCCCAUCACAGUGUAGCACAGAAGAAAAGGAUGAAGUGGGCCAGGGUCUUGAUGGAGGAGAGGACGUGUGCGAUGAAGGCAGUAAAGGAAUAAAUGAGCAGGCUAGCUAUGCUGCUACUAAACUCCGCCAACUGUACGACAAACUCGAGUACAAGCGGCAGGCGCUGGGCUCUAUCCAGAAUGCACCAAAGCCAGACAAAAAGAUAGUAAGCAAACUAAAGGAGGAGAUUGGAGCCAUGGAGAAAGAACACAGUGAACUCCAGCAACAUAUCACAAGGACAGACUGGUGGUGUGAAAAUCUGGGGCACUGGAGGGCCACUAUUACUGCUGCUGAGGCUGCAGAGGAAGGUAGUGAGACUGUAGCCUGUUACAGUGUGUGCGUUAGCCUGGAAGAAGGAGAGGAGACAGCAAACAGUCGCUGGAGUGUCCAGAGGAAACUCACUGAAUUCCAGAUGCUACACCGCAAACUCACUGAGUGUUUCCCUUCACUGAAGAAACUUCAGUUACCAUCACUAAGUAAACUACCCUUCAAAUCCAUUGACCAGAAGUUUCUAGACAAAAGCAAAACUCAGCUCAAUGCCUUUCUCCAGCGUCUGCUGACGGAUGAGCGACUGUGCCAGUCAGAGGCUCUCUAUGCGUUCCUCAGCCCGUCUCCGGAGCAUCUCAAGGUGAUGUCAAUCCAGAAGAAAUCGUCUUUCUCUCUGGCCUCCUUCCUGGAGAGGCUACCUGGAGACUUCUUCUCCCACACUGAGGAGGAGGCUGAUGAUGACAGUGAUCUCUCAGACUAUGGCGACGAGACAGAUGGGAGAAAGGACGCUUUGGCUGAACCCUGCUUCAUGUUAAUAGGAGAGAUAUUUGAACUCAGAGGAAUGUUUAAGUGGGUGAGGAAGACUCUAAUUGCACUAGUCCAGGUGACAUUUGGACGAACCAUCAACAAACAGAUCCGGGACACGGUAAACUGGAUCUUCUGUGAACAGAUGUUGGUGUGUUACAUCAGUGUAUUCAGGGACACCUUCUGGCCCGACGGGAUGUUGGCACCACACGUCAGGGUCCGAACCGACUCUGAACGCCGUGAAACCAAGGAGCGGGCUCAGCAGAAACUACUUGACAAUAUCCCAGAUGCACUAGCAAACUUAGUUGGCCAGCAGAAUGCCCGCUAUGGAAUCAUCAAGAUCUUCAAUGCUCUGCAGGAGGCCAGUGCCAACAAACACCUUCUCUAUGUGCUGAUGGAAAUGGCACUCAAGGAACUGUGUCCUGAACUCAGCACGGAGGUGGAAAACAUCUGAACAUACACACACACACACACAUUUAACAGGGUUAAGAUGAGACUGGGGCUCUGCUGGUUCAUCUCACCUUUCUGUAGCUAACCAAUCAUAAACUGCCAAGCUCUACAGGGAGACGGCCUUUGAGUUAAACCUCAGACAGAUAGCAGCAGUGUCGGUCAGAGCUGAGACACAUGCUGAUUCUGUGCAGGCUGACAGCAGCCUGAAACUGGCUGCUGUUUGACUUUGUUGUGGUGCAGAUCUCAAUUUGUCCGUCUGAAAGCCGAGGAACCACAUUUAGUUUGACUUCUUCCUAUUUAGAUAGCAGUCUAACUUAAACCCAUAGUCACACGAGAACAAGUGUUUUUUUUACAUGAAGUGACACACGUCUGCAGUUUUCUUUAAUAUAAUAGCACUGAGUCACCAGAUCUGUACCACAACAAUUUUUUUUUCUUGUAUAAAUUGUGAUGGUCUGAAAUUUACAAUUUGUGAAAGUAAACAACUUUUUGAUUGUUUGGUUGUUAGUCUAUCCAGCUGAUAACCUACAGACCUUGAUGAAUUGCAGAAAAACAAAGAUGGUUCAGAUUUUCUUUGGCCUUCUGAAGGCGACCAGUGUGCGUCGUUGACCACAGACCUCUGAACAUUCCUCUUACACACAACCUGAGCAACAACACUUGUGUUUUGUGAUUCUUGUUAAGGCUUAUAAUUGUGCAAUACAAUGUCAUGUAAAAGUACUUGUGAUGAUUUUAUUUAUGAUUAUUAUGGAUAGAUUUUAUUUUUACCAAAAAUUGUUUAGAGAGCGUUUAUAUAAGCAAUAAAUCGCAAACAAAAAGUU